ACAGAAACUUUGGAAUGUAUUGCAAUUGGACCGUUUGAAUCGGACAAAGCAAGGUGCUAAAAUAAUCUGUUCACAACAGUGAAAAGAGCGGUGAGUUUUAUGAAGUAAACUUUUUCAACCUACAGAACUAACAAAUAAUUAACUUAUUAUGGAAAAAUUGCUAAUUUUCCACCAUUCUUUGAUACAUUGGCUAGAUGAGUUUCAAAAGGCACAUAUGAACAAUUUAGAACUUAAUUCUUGCGAAUUUGAAAUAAAUUAUGUCGGAAUUAGAGGCGGUCAAUUCAAAUGGCACGAGAAGAUGGACAAGAAGUAUCAGGAAAAAGUCUGUUUUCAUAUUUAACUGAAGCGGUUUAUGAUUUCAAGCCUACGAUGGUUUUUCAAUUAGGUGGAAAUGACCUUGAUGUCAAAAUUUCAGAUUCUGAUCAAGUUGUAACGGCAAUAUUUAGUUUUGUUAACUAUUUGAUUUUCGGCAUGGAUAUACAGACAGUUGUCAUCGGACAUGUAUUUCGCCGUUUGAAGCCUUGUUAUAUGCAUUAUAAUGCUAAGAUUGAAGCUGUAAAUAAUACAUUGACUGCAAAAGCAUCUUCGUGCAACAACAUAUACAUUAUGCCCAAUAAAGGGUUUAAAGAUGAAGCCGAGGCGAAACAUUACAGAGACGGGAUACAUUUGUCUCACAGUGGCAAUGUUUGCUUUGCUAACAAAAUUCACAGAAAAGUAGUGUUCGCAAGAGAUCAUUCUUACGCAGUAUGUAAACAUUAUUUUGUUCUGUAGGUUCCAAAGAUGUAUUUCGAUAUGAUUUUUUUCAAUUUUGUACUAAUGCUAUUUUAAGUUUUUAAAAGUUUUCAACAGUCUUAAAUCAUAAAUAUGUUUAUGUAUUAAUACAAUCAGAUACAUAACAUUUUUGCCAUUCAACCCUUGUAAGGGUUCAAUGUGAUAUUUGAGAAAUGAUAAACGUUUUGCAGUUAUAUUACCUCUUCAUUUCACAGUAACCUUUCUGGCCAAUUGUUAUAUUUGCAAAUAUGUUUGUUACUUGAUUAUUGUAUCAUAAAAACAUUGUAUACACAUUUAUGAAGCAGAUUCAGGAUGCAUUACCAUUGCACUUUAUCAUGCUCAGUUCUGUCGUUUUGCCUAUUUUGGUUUAAUUUAAAAAUAUUUUGUAAUUUGCAAUUACUUAAUUCUGUUUUCAGUAAAUACGUUUUAUGAGUAUUUAUGAAACAGAUUCAGGACACGUUGCCAUUGCACUCUAUUCUGGCCGUAAUUGUCAUGUUGCCAUUUUAUUGGCUUAAUUCAAAAUAUUUUUCAAUUUGCAAUUACUGUAUUCUGUUUUCAGUAAAUACAUUUUAUGAGUAUUUAUGAAACAGAUUCAUGAUACAUUGCCAUUGCACUCUAUUCUGGCCGUAAUUGUCAUGUUGCCAUUUUAUUGGCU